GCUCGCUGCUCGAGCACUGCCGGGCGGAGUGCGCCCUCGCCCACCACGAGUGCCGCGCGUGCGGCGCGCACGUGCGGCGGUGCGAGCUGGCGGCGCACGCGCACGCCUUCGAGGCUGGCUCGCGCGUGCUGUGGACGGCCUGCGGCGAUUCGCCUGCGCCCGUCGGGGAGGUGGUGCGCGCCGACGCCGUCAGCGAUACCGCGGUCGUGCGCUUCGCCGGCGGGGCGCGGCCGUGUCGGCGGCGCGACCUCGCGCCCGCCCGCGGCGGGGCCGCGGAGGCGCCCUCGGGGGCCGCUGCGCGCGGCGGGGCCGCAGGGGCGCGCGCGGAGGCCGAGCGCAGGGGGGCGCGGAUAGACGCCGUGCUCGACGUCCACGAGCGCGCCGAGCGGCUGAACGCCUGCUUCCUGGUCGACUGCACGGGCUCCAUGCGGUUUUUGGCACCCGCCUCAUCGCCGCCGUCAAGAACCAGAUCCUCCGCAUCGUGCGGGAGAUGUCGGUGCGCCUCCCGUCCAUGCAGCUGCACGUCGCCUUCGUCUCGGAGGCGACGAUGGGAGUGA